AAAAGAAACCUCUGCAUUCGCCACCUUGCAAUUCCCGAACCUCUACAGGUCUUGUCUCCGUGUUGUUCAUCCAUGGCUUUCCCUCAGCACCAGUUCCAACGGCACUACCAAACCCAGCAACAACAGCCACAAGCCAAAUCUUUCAGAGAUUUACAAACAAUCGAUGGCCAGAUGACGCAGCAGGUGGCCUUUUACAACCCCACUGAUUUACAAGAUCAGUCCCAGCAUCCACCUUACAUUCCUCCCUUUCAUGUUGUUGGGUUUGCUCCGGGUCCUGUCCCUCCUGCUGAUGGCAGUGAUGGUGGCGUUGAUUUGCAAUGGAAUUAUGGUUUGGAACCUGAGAGGAAGAGACUGAAAGAACAAGAUUUUCUGGAGAACAAUUCUCAGAUAUCUUCCAUAGAUUUCCUACAACCCAGAUCAGUGUCCACUGGUUUGGGCUUGUCUCUUGACAAUACUCGCCUGACUUCCACCGGAGACUCGGCUUUAUUAUCACUCAUCGGCGAUGACAUUGAAUGUGAGUUACAGCGGCAGGAUGCAGAGAUAGAUAGAUUUCUCAAAGUGCAGGGUGAACGAUUGCGGCAAACAAUUUUAGAGAAGGUUCAGGCAACACAGCUCGAGAGUGUUUCACUCAUUGAAGACAGAGUCCUUCAGAAACUUCGCGAGAAAGAAGCUGAGGUAGAAAGCAUCAAUAAGAGGAACACGGAACUUGAAGAUCGAAUGGAACAGUUGACUGUGGAAGCAGGUGCGUGGCAGCAGCGAGCCAGAUACAAUGAAAAUAUGAUUGCUGCUCUCAAGUUUAACCUUCAGCAAGCAUAUGUCCAAAGCAGAGAUAGUAAAGAAGGAUGUGGUGACAGUGAGGUAGAUGAUACAGCUUCUUGCUGCAAUGGCCGUGCCAUUGAUUUUCAUCUGCUUUCCAAGGAGAAUAGCGAUACGAAAGAGAUGAUGACAUGUAAGGCUUGCAGAGUCAAUGAAGUCACCAUGGUUUUAUUGCCUUGUAAGCAUCUUUGCCUCUGUAAAGAUUGUGAAAGUAAGCUUAGCUUUUGUCCUCUAUGUCAAUCCUCUAAAUUUAUCGGCAUGGAGGUCUACAUGUAACUGGAUAUUUUACUUCAACAUGUGAAAUCUGUAAUUUUAGAUUGAAUUUAGUGACGAGUAUUAGCUUGUAUCUCCAAGGACUAUGACAAUACAAGUUAUUAAGAUGCUUCUUGUCAUAAUGAAUAACUCUCA